UUUUCCUAAACGCAGGAAUAAAAACUCAGAUUUCCCAGCUUUUUAAAGCGUCAUCUGCUUAUAUCCUCUGUUUUCCUCAUUAGCGGUCCACAGAUGUGUCACUCAUAGAUUGUUGCUAGGAGUGAAUCAUGUCUUGGUGUUUUCCAAAACUUUAGCAUGAUUCAGUUUUGCUUCACUCCCAGUAUCUGCGCUUGGCAGAGCUGGCAGCUUGUGAUCAAGUGCACUUAAUCUUUUGCAAAAAAAAAAAAAAAAAAAAAAAAAAAAAACAAAACACAACUCUCCCCGUUUGAUGUCUUGGCCUGAAAGCUUUAAAUCCUCCCAUGUCCUGGUCUUGUUUUGGAAACAGAGAUUUCUGUAAAGCUUGAGCUGGAUCACUACCAGAACUAGGCAUUUCAGAGCACUUAGUUUUGCCCGUUUUUUUGUUUUGAUCUUAUAUUAAAAUUGCUUUUCCUAUAAUUUUUUAAACAUCUGCUGCAGAAUCUUCCAUUUUACAUGUCUUCCCCCCAUUAUGAUUCAUACAGUUUUUUUCUGCUGUUGCUCUGCCUUUUUUUUCCCCCCCAGCUUGAACUAAAAAAGCAUUCAGCCAUAUUGCUGUUUGCCUGACCGUGGCUCAGACGCUCCCUCCGGAUAUGAACCAUUCCGAUACAGUGCAACCCAUAUUUCACGCAAUUACUCAUCUCGCUACUUAAAUAAAUCAAAUUCAAUGGGGGAAACAUGUAAUGCAUGCACUGAAUUAAAAUGCAGAUAAGAAAGAGGAGAAAAUUUGUUUUUAAAUUCAGUAGACAGCUAGAAAGUGACUGAGUGAGUGAAACAGAUGCGCACACACACACAUACACAUACACACUGCGGCGAAGCUCAGCAUUAGUCGAAGCAGCAGCAGAGCUCUCGCAGCAUCCUUCAUCCCCCCUCAUCCCUCACUCUCUGCUCUGCCUUGCUCACUCGCUCUUUCUCGUCUGCUGACUGAGGUAUUCCUGUGCGCACACUGGUGCAGCUCACAAUUACAGCCUUAUGGGACUCUUCUCUUGUUUGAGUGCAUAAAUUCACCCUCUUUGGAUUCCUCUGCCUGGAAACUGUCUUUGGGUCCGCCUGUAAAAGAAUCCCCCCCCCCCUCCAAAAAAAAAAAAAACUCUGGAUUCGUGGGGGUCUGAGCUGAAUCAUGGACCAGAGUGCAGCAGGGGAAGAUAAGAGAAACUGGGUCAUGAGCGGGCUCCCCUGAAUGAUGCCCGCUUGCACGUGGAGGAAUGGGGUGCACCACCAGCGCCGUUGUUUUUGACGGGCUGCGAACUGUCUUGGAGAGGAAUUGCAGCGGCUACAUCUGCAAGGAAGCUGCCGAGCCUGCCGGGCCAUCUGAGGCUGAGAGGGCGCUGAGUCGGAGAGAGUCGCGCGUCAUACCAACACCUAGAAUACUUAAGGUAAAACCAAAGGUGAUUGAGCCGCUGGAUUAUGAAAAUGUGCUGGUGCAAAGAAAGACGCAAAUCCUCAGCGAUGUUCUCCGUGACAUGCUGCAGUUCCCCCUGGAGGACUUUGAGAUUUCAACUUUGAGGCGCCAAGGGAGAACUCUGUACCCCACAGUGCCUGAAAAUGCUGAGAGGGAGGCCCAGAGCCUGUUUGUCCAGGAGUGCAUUAAGACCUACAAGUCUGACUGGCAUGUGGUCAACUACAAGUACGAGGAUUAUUCUGGGGAUUUUCGACAGCUUCCAAACAAAGUACCCCGGCCUGAAAAACUGGCGGUUCAUGUGUUUGAAGUGGAUGAAGAUGUUGAUAAAGAGGAGGACACUGCCUCCUUAGGAUCCCAGAAAGGGGGCAUUUCCAAACACGGCUGGCUGUACAAAGGGAACAUGAACAGUGCCAUCAGCGUCACCAUGAGGUCGUUCAAGAGGCGGUAUUUCCACCUUACGCAGCUUGGGGACGGCUCAUACAAUCUGAACUUCUACAAGGACGAGAAGAUCUCCAAAGAGCCAAAAGGAACCAUUUUCCUGGAUUCCUGCAUGGGUGUGGUUCAGAACAACAAAGUUCGGAGGUUUGCUUUCGAGCUGAAGAUGCAGGAUAAGAGCACGUACCUGCUGGCUGCAGAAAGCGAAGCGGAGAUGGAGGACUGGAUCAACAUGCUCAACAAGAUCCUUCAUAGCAGCUUUGAGAUUGCCAUGCAGGAGAAGAGGAAUGGAGACAUUCAUGAUGAUGAUGAUCUUGGAAAGUCAGACAGUUCUUCUGGCAGCCUGGAUAGCUUUCAGAGCACCAGAGAUAUUGAGUCAAGAAUGAGGAGUGAAACCAGACUGAAGCUGUUCACAGUGGAUCCAGACACGCAGAAACUGGACUUCUCAGGAAUAGAGCCGGAUGUCAAGCAGUUCGAGGAGAAGUUUGGCAAGCGGCUUCUGGUCAACUGCAACGAUCUCUCGUUCAACCUGCAAAGCUGCGUGGCAGAGAACGAGGAGGGGCCGACGACAAACGUGGAGCCUUUCUAUGUCACUCUGUCGCUGUUCGACAUCCAGAACGGCAGGAAGAUCUCCUCUGACUUCCAAGUUGACUUAAACCACCAGUCUGUCAGGGGAAUGGUUCCCAGCAACACCGGUCAGCAUGUGAACGGAGGAGGUGAAGUCCGAUCUGAGGGGCAGCGGUUUAUCCACGGCGUGCCAGAAGCAGCUUUGCUGUAUCCCAAACAGGGGGUGUUUUCAGUGACAUGCCCUCAUCCAGACAUCUUCCUAGUGGCUCGCAUCGAUAAGGUGCUUCAGGGGGGAAUCAACCACUGUGCCGAGCCAUACAUGAAGAGUUCAGACUCCACCAAGAUGGCACAGAAGGUCCUGAAAAAUGCCAAGCUGGCGUGUAGUCGAUUGGGUCAGUACAGGAUGCCCUUUGCCUGGGCAGCAAGACCCUUGUUCAAAGACGCAUCUGGGACACUUGACAAAAGUGCCCGCUUCUCAGCUCUGUACAGACAGGACAGCAACAAACUGUCCAAUGACGACAUGCUCAAGUUGCUGGCGGAUUUCAGAAAACCAGAGAAGAUGGCCAAGCUGCCUGUAAUCCUUGGAAACCUUGACGUUACCAUCGACAGUGUUGCCCCCGACUUAACGAAUUGCGUUACUUCAUCCUACAUUCCUGUGAAGCAGUUUGAUGUCAGCGAGAGGAGCAGUGUGUUUUUCGAAGUGGAGGAGUUUGUGCCGUUCAUCGCCAAAUGUUCUCAGCCUUUCACCAUCUACAACAAUCACCUCUACGUCUACCCGAAGCACUUGAAAUAUGACAGCCAGAAGUCAUUUGCAAAGGCUAGAAACAUAGCUGUCUGCAUUGAGUUCAGGGACUCAGACGACGAAGAAGCUGUUUCACUUAAGUGCAUCUAUGGGCGACCUGGAGGACCCUUGUUUACCAAAAAUGCCUUUACCUCAGUAUUACAUCACCAGCACAACCCCGAGUUCUAUGAUGAAUUUAAGAUCGAGUUGCCGACACAGCUCCACGAGAAACAUCAUUUGCUGUUUACCUUCUACCAUGUGAGCUGUGACAGCAACAGCAAGGCCAGCACCAAGAAGAGAGACGUGGUUGAAACUCAAGUGGGAUACGCCUGGCUCCCUUUGCUGAAGGACGGCCGGGUGAUAAUGAAUGAACAUCACAUCCCUGUUGCUGCUAACCUUCCUGCUGGAUACCUCAGCUGUCAAGAGGGCGCCAGCAAGCAUUUGAGUCCUGAGGUCAAAUGGGUUGAUGGAGGAAAACACUUGUUUAAAGUGUCCACACACCUAGUGUCCACUGUGUACACUCAGGAUCAACAUUUGCACAACUUUUUCCACCACUGUCAGAGUGUCGCAUCAGCAGCACAAGGACCUGGAGGAGAACUGGUCAAAUACCUGAAGAGUUUGCAUGCCAUGGAGAGUCACGUGAUGAUCAAGUUCUUGCCAACUAUCCUCAAUCAGCUGUUUCGAGUGCUGACCAGUGCCACACAGGAGGACGUAGCAGUAAAUGUUACAAGGGUCAUGAUUCACAUCGUAGCUCAGUGCCACGAGGAAGGCUUGGAACACUACCUUCGCUCUUACGUGAAGUUUGUAUUCAGGACCGAGUCGUACACUUCCUCCACGACCCGAACAGUACAUGAGGAGUUGGCGAAAGCCAUGACUGUAAUCCUGAAGCCUUCCACCGACUUCCUGACGAGUAACAAGCUGCUCAAGUAUUCAUGGUAUUUCUUUGAAGCCUUAGUCAAGUCCAUGGCUCAGUACUUGAUUGAAAGCUGCAAAGUGAGGCUGUCAAGGAAUCAGCGGUUCUCUGCUUCUUUUCAUCACACUGUGGAAACUUUGGUCAACAUGAUGAUGCCACACAUCACUCAGAAGUACAAAGACAACCUGGAUGCUGCUCGCAAUGCCAACCACAGCCUAGCUGUCUUCAUAAAGCGCUGCUUCAACCUGAUGGACCGAGGCUUUGUGUUUAAGCAGAUCAACAACUACAUCAACGGCUUCAUGCCCGGAGAUCCAAAGACGCUGUUUGAGUUCAAGUUUGAGUUCUUGCGCGUUGUGUGCAAUCAUGAACACUAUGUUCCCUUAAACCUGCCAAUGCCAUUUGGAAAAGGGAGGAUACUGAGGUUUCAAGAUGAUACAGAGGAGUCUGAUGAUACUCCAGUAGAUCUGCAGAUGGAUUACUCUCUGACAGAGGACUUCUGUAGGAACCACUUCCUGGCCGGACUUCUGCUCAGGGAGGUCAGUGCUGCUCUGCAGGAGUUCAGGGAGAUACGGCAGAUAGCCAUCCAGGUUCUGAAGAGCCUCAUGAUUAAACACACAUUUGAUGACCGCUACUCAUCCAAGAGCCAGCAGGCCAGAUUGGCCACCUUGUACUUCCCCUUGUUUGGUCUGCUUCAGGAGAACGUCAACAGGCUUAAUGUAAAGGAAGUCUCCCCAUUCCCUGUCAACCACUCCAACAAUAACGGACGAGACGAUUCGCUCCUGUCAAAUGCCUUGAUGACACCUCCUAGGUCCAGCACAUUUCUGGACACCAGCUUGCACAAAGAUGUUUUUGGAGCUAUCUCGGGCACAACUUCCCCUCAUGCAGCGUCCACCCCUAACGUGAACUCUAUGCGCCACACCGACUCUCGUGGCUCCCUCAUCAGCACAGAAUCAGUCAACAGCCUCCAUGAGAGGAACCAUGACAAAACCAAUUCUCUUGACAAGAACCAACCUGCCUCGACCCUGGGAAGCGCCUUGAUGCGAUGUGAUAAACUGGACCAGGCAGAGAUCAAAAGCCUCCUCAUGUGUUUCUUACAUGUGCUUAAAAGCAUGUCUGAAGAUGCUCUGUUCACAUACUGGAACAAGGCUUCACCUGCUGAACUGAUGGACUUCUUUAUCUUAAUUGAAGUCUGCCUCCAUCAGUUCAGAUACAUGGGGAAAAGAUACAUUGCAAGGAACCAGGAAGGGGCAGGACCCGUAGCACAUGAGCGGAAGUCUCAGACUCUGCCUGUGUCCCGUAACAGGGCGGGAAUGAUGCAUGCCCGCUUACAGCAGCUCAGCAGCCUGGAUAACUCAUACACUUUUAACUACACCUACAGUCACUCCGAUGCGGAUGUGUUGAACCAGUCGCUGCUGGAGGCCAACAUCGCCACUGAAGUGUGUCUAACAGUCCUGGACACUCUCAGCAUCUUCAUCAUGGGCUUUAAGACACAGCUCUGCUCUGACCACGGCCACAGCCCGCUGAUGAAGAAGGUGUUUGAAGUCCAUCUCUGCUUCCUGCGCAUCAAUCAGUCUGAAACAGCCCUGAAGCAGGUCUUCACAUCACUGCGCACUUUUAUCUACAAGUUCCCAUGCACAUUUUUUGAAGGCCGCGCAGAUAUGUGCGCGGCCUUCUGCUACGAGAUCCUGAAAUGCUGCAACUCCAAGCUGAGCUCCAUUCGUAGCGAUGCGGCCCACCUGCUGUAUUUUCUCAUGAAGAGCAACUUUGACUACACAGGUCGCAAGUCCUUUGUCAGAACACACCUGCAGGUGGUGAUUGCUGUCAGUCAGCUGAUUGCUGAUGUGAUCGGCAUUGGAAGCACCCGCUUCCAGCAUUCUCUGUCAAUAAUCAACAAUUGUGCCAACAGCGACAGAAGUAUCAAGCACACAGCAUUCCCAUCAGAUGUGAAGGACUUGACGAAACGCAUCAGGACCGUUUUGAUGGCCACAGCUCAAAUGAAGGAGCACGAGAGAGAUCCAGAAAUGCUGGUGGACCUGCAGUACAGCCUUGCCAAGUCGUACGCCAGCACGCCCGAGCUGCGAAAGACCUGGCUGGACAGCAUGGCCCGGAUCCAUGUGAAGAAUGGAGACCUAUCAGAGGCGGCCAUGUGCUAUGUUCAUGUUGCAGCCCUCGUGGCAGAAUACCUCCGGAGAAAAGGAAUGUUCAAGCAGGGCUGUUCAGCUUUCCGAGUUGUAACCCCAAACAUUGAUGAAGAAGCCGCAAUGAUGGAGGAUGUUGGGAUGCAGGAUGUGCAUUUUAAUGAAGACGUUCUAAUGGAGCUUUUGGAGGAGUGUGCAGAUGGCCUGUGGAAAGCAGAGCGCUAUGAGCUCAUCUCAGACAUCUAUAAACUCAUAAUCCCAAUUUAUGAGAAGCGCAGGGACUUUGAGAAACUGGCCCACCUGUAUGACACCCUGCAUCGUGCAUACAGCAAAGUGACGGAGGUGAUGCAUACAGGCAAGAGGCUGCUGGGGACGUACUUCAGAGUGGCUUUCUUCGGCCAGGCAGCGCAGUACCAGUUUACUGAUUCAGAGGCGGAGGGUUUCUUUGAGGAUGAAGAUGGUAAGGAGUACAUCUACAAGGAGCCCAAGUUCACGCCCCUGUCUGAGAUCUCCCAGAGGCUCCUGAAGCUUUACUCUGACAAGUUUGGACAGGAGAACGUGAAGAUGAUUCAGGAUUCUGGACGGAUUAACCCCAAAGACCUGGACUCCAAGUACGCGUAUAUCCAAGUGACCCAUGUAACUCCGUACCUGGAUGAGAAAGAGCUGGCCGACAGAAAGACAGAAUUCGAAAGGAGCCACAACAUCCGGCGAUUUGUGUUCGAAAUGCCUUUCACAAUAUCUGGCAAAAAGCAAGGUGGAGUGGAGGAGCAGUGCAAACGCAGGACGAUACUCACCACAACACACUGUUUUCCCUACGUGAAGAAGCGUAUCGCAGUGAUGUACCAACACCACACCGACCUGAGCCCCAUCGAGGUGGCCAUCGACGAAAUGAGCAAAAAAGUGGCCGAGAUCAACCAGCUGUGCUCCUCCAGCGACGUGGACAUGAUCCGUCUGCAGCUCAAGCUGCAGGGCAGCAUCAGUGUCCAGGUGAAUGCAGGACCGCUUGCAUAUGCCAGAGCUUUUCUGGAUGACUCGAGCGCCAAGAAGUAUCCAGAUAACAAGGUCAAGCAGCUCAAAGAGGUCUUCAGGCAUUUUGUGGAGGCCUGUGGCCACGGCUUGGGCAUUAACGAGCGACUGAUCAAAGAGGACCAGCAGGAGUACCACGAUGAGAUGAAAGCAAACUACAGAGACUUGACCAGAGAGUUGUCCAUCAUCAUGCCCGAGCAGAUCGUUCCCGUGGAAGACGGCAUGAAGAGUGUGCUCCCCGACUCGCUUCACAUCUUCAACGCCAUCAGUGGCACGCCGACCUCCGUCACCAUCCAGGGCAUCCCGCACUCAGCCUCGGUGAUAUAAUCCAGUUCUGGAUGUGAGCACUGCAUGCUCACCACUGAGGCCAGCUUGCAUCUGUCAGCUUAUUGCUUGGAAGAUGCUGGAACCGUCGAUAACGCUCACUCUCUGCGUUGCGCUCUGGUCCACUCAGUCAAGCACGAUUUGUGACUCUGUGCUCAGGGUGUUGCGUGUGAGAGGCUAGGCCCGAUGAGAAAAGUAACACCAUAGCAGAGACUUUCAUCUGGGAAAAAAAAAAAAUACACUUUUUGAUGAAAUGUAUGUUUCACCUGUUUC